AUGUUUCCAACCGAUUCCGGUCCGAUGUGGGCUGCUGUCGUAUAUGAUAAUGACCGCGGUCGAAUAGAUCUUGCCGUUAUCAACAAUCUAGCAAACACUAUGAGUAUACUAUAUGGAUAUAACAGUGGGAGUUUCCGAUCACAAGCAAUACUUUCAACGGGUUUUAGUCCACGCGCGAUCGUUGUCGGGGAUUUUAAUGAGGAUGGGCGACUAGAUUUAGUCGUUGCUAACGCCAACUCAGCUAACGUGGGAGUGUUCCUUAGAACUGAUAGUGGAAAUUUUGCAACACAAACAACAUAUCCCUCCGUCGCUAGUCCAUACUCCAUUGCUGUUGGUGAUUUCAAUGGUGAUGGUCAUCUAGACUUUGUCGUUGUGGGUUUCUAUUGGGCAAUUAUGAGUGUGCUUCUUGGAACCGGCAAUGGGAGUUUCGGAUUACCAACAAUACUUUCAACGGGUUCUGUGGGUUGGUCGAUCGCUACCGGUGAUUUUAACGGCGAUGGCCGACUAGAUAUUGUCAUUGCCUACUUUAGUUCGGCUAGUGUGGGAGUGCUCCUUGGGACCGGCAACGGAUCUUUUGGGCUACAAAAGACAUUUUCAACUGGUCGGAGCCCGCAAUUCGUCACUGUCGGUGAUGUUGACGGUGAUGGCCGAUUAGAUCUUAUCGUUCCCAAUUCUAGUGGUAUGGCUGUGAGUGUGUUACUUGGAAUUGGCAAUGGUAGUUUCAAAUCACAAAUGACGUUUUCAACUGGUUCUGGUUCUUCGCCGUACUGGCUCGUUGUAGCUGAUUUUAAUGCCGAUGGUCGAUUAGAUUUUGCUGUUUCAGACUCAAGCACAUCGCUUUUGAUGAUUUAUACAGUCGAAGCUGGAUCUAUUCUUUCGGCUCUUGGUGAAAAAUUGGACAAAACUGACGACUGUGCACCACCAGGUGCUGUAUGUGAUGGAAAAAUACCGUGUUGCAAUAUUAAGUGUCGAGUCAACUGGGGUGGAGCGUGGUGCACGUAG